CAUGAUUCAUACCUAGUGGAGGGGCAGAAUAGAUUCUACUCGAACCAAACACCAGAGCACCCUUUUGAUUCAUCUACGUCGUACAUAUUCUUUGGAGAACGUAUACAAGACACAGAUCCACAAAACACAAUGGCACCCCGCUCCCCGCUUGAGAUUGCUACGGCAUCUGUCCAGCGCUUGGUCAAGGAGGAAUCGUCCUACCACCGCGAGAUGCAGCAGCAAAAGGAGAGAAUCAAGAAGCUCGAGUCUGGAGAGGGUGGUGACGACGAGAACAAGGAGUAUACUCUCAAGCAGGAGCGCCUUGCACUUGAAGAGACUAGGAAGGUCCUUCCGACCCUGAAGCAGAAGAUUAAAGAUGCGAUUGCCAAGCUCGAUCAGUUACUGAUUGAGGAGGGCAAGAAGGGAUCCGAGAGCAAUGUCGAGCAGAUCAAUGCUGCCAAGGAGGCCGUCUCCCAAGCCAGGACUGCCGAGCGAGAAAUCGCGUGAAUUCGUUCUCACUACUUCUGUCUAUACAUCAAAAGCUAACACGGCAAUCAUUGUAAUCUUGCGCUAAGAAAGGGGAAAAGGAUUCGAAAUCGUUGUAAAUAUUAGCCACCAUGAAUUGUAACGCCGCCAAUCAACUCCGCGCUUAAUGCAUAGCUCAUAAAAGCUUCCGAUCUUUCAAGUAGUAUCCAUUUUAUCAGCGCGAUC